AAUCUUGUCCCUAAAUAUGAUAGUGCUGACCCAAGCGAUCGGCCCCACAUCCGCUCUUCCGGCCCCCUUGAACCCAAACUUACCCCAUGGAGCAAUCACCGACGUGCAAACCCCGUCUCCCUCAGCCUCCCCCACUGUGACAAGGAAGCUGCCGUGCUUCUUGCCCUCAAAGUCAGGGUGCGUACAGAGGAUGUCGAGAUUCCAUGCCUCCUCGCGACCUCCGGACCAGAGGUGCGCAGCAUAGGGCAUAAGCGUCCUUGAACACCUUGAUGUGCUCCGGGUCCGCAGAACGAUCUGGCCAGAAGUAGGACACGAUGCUACCCACCACCGUAGCAUUUUUCAUGCCUGCAAACUAUACAGUACGGCGCCAUAACUAUGAAUACAGGUCUGUGCCUAAACUGCAGUAAACGAGCGUAUUUGAGAAUGGGAGAAGCACAGACCUGUAUGCUUACUUCUGGCGCCGUACUGUAGCACCCUGUAGACCCUUCGGUGCUGGUUCCGGCGAACUUACGUAGAUCCAGCGGGUUCGCCCGAGCCGCAGCCCCGGGUCCAAUGCGCUCCCAGCAUGACUAUGCAACGACGGAGCCUGUCAAGGCAUCCACAGCAACAUAGUGUUCGUACUCGGGCUUUGAUGGCGUAUGCGAUGCGCACUGAGUGAUGUAGUCGGGGAUAGUCGCGACGGUGGGGGAACAUGAAGCGCCCAUAGACGUCGUCCUCGAUGAACGCAGCCGCGGCGACCUCAGCCAUGCGGGGGUAGUUCGUGUGACAGCAGCGCGGAUAGACAUCUUGAGUAUCUUGUUCUUGUGAAACUUUGGUUGUUGCUCUGAGACCUCCUUUUCGCUGGAAAUGCUUGUUUCGGGGCGUGCAAUGCGAAUGUGAUAAAUGAAAGCUUCGUGUUGGACCUCCAGAGUGGCCGAGAUGGCAAUUGUUAUUGGCAAACUUGCGGAAGUUCGGACUUGGAGACCUUGUAAAUAUGCCCCUGUAUAAGGUGUGUGUCAGGCGGUUCAAGCCUGGAACCGAACAAACGUGGUAAACAGGCGUGACACAACAGCGCGAAGAAAUGUGGCACACGAGCAGGGGUCUUGACACUUGCGACUGCUACGUUAAGACAUAAUUAGGACCCAUACGCAUUGUUGGAUCAAGGAUACUCCGUCGGGCGUUAUACGCGGAUAAUUUGCCGGUUCCUAGAGUCAUUGAUCUCCGGACAAAAUUGAAAGCGAACCUCUCUCAUACACUAUCAAUAACUUCACAGAACGACCUGAUCUCUCUGAGGGAUUGGAAGAACAAAGCCUACAUCUUAUAAAUGCCAAUUGGGAUGUCUAUCAUGUCUGAAAAGGAGGCUGUCAAAGAGAGACAGGUCGGGGCUGUUGACUCGGAGCUGAUCCAGGACCACAGCAUCCCCAGCUCUCGCGAUGGGGAAGUCGACGUCUUCGCCGAAGUUGCGCAUCCACCGCGAAUGACUGGUGCCCUGGAGGUGCUCUCUGCUGGAUUCAAUGUCUGCAAUGGUUGGGCCGGUGUAGCCGCGUCAAUGUUCCUCGCCAUCUUCCAGGGAGGACCAGUGACGAUCAUCUAUGGCUGCAUCGUCAUUCUCUUUCUGAUGGGCGCGACGGCAUUGAGUCUGGCGGAGCUGAGUGCCAGGUAUCCAACUGCUGGAGGGCAAUACCAUUGGACUGCUACACUGGCGCCAAAAAAGUAUGCGAGAGGAAUGAGCUACACGGUUGGCACCAUCAACAUGUUUGGAUGGGUUGCCAUCUGCGCUGGUAUUUGCAUCAUUAUGCCCCAGAUCAUCAUGGGCAUUGUUGUCUUCUACAACAAUAACUUUGUGAUUGAGCGGUGGCAUUCGUUUUUGAUAUACCAAGCCCUCAACGUUUCGGUGCUUGUUUACAACCUCUUCCUUUUACCCAAGGCAGCAUGGACACAUAAUAUUGGCUUCGCAUUGUCCCUGCUCUGCUUUAUCAUCUUUUUCAUUACAUGUCUCGCCAUUGCCGGUCCCAAGCAGCCAAACGAAUAUGUGUGGAAUACCUUCGUCAAUGAUUCCGGCUGGCCCGACGGAAUAGUCUUCCUUACCGGCCUGGUAAAUCCCAAUUUUAUGUACUCUGGUCUCGAUGGAGCCAUCCAUCUUGCAGAGGACUGCAUCAACGCUUCGACGGCCGUCCCGCAAGCCCUCAUGGCUACCAUUGUCAUCGGCUUUGUGACGACCUUCGCAUUUGUAGUCGCCAUGUUCUAUUGCAUUUCUGACUUCAAUGCGGUCCUUAUGACUCCAACUGCUGUCCCCAUCUAUGAGAUUUGGAACCAGUCGACCAAGUCCGAGACCGCCGCUACGAUCUUCAUCGUUCUCCUCCUCCUCACUGGCGUCUUUGCUCUCAACGCCAGUCAACAGACCGCCUCUCGCCUGACCUUCUCUUUUGCUCGCGAUGAUGCUCUCAUCUUCUCCAAAUACAUAGGGCAGAUGCACCACGGCCUUGGUGUCCCACCAUAUGCACUUUUCUUUAACGCUUUUGUUGUCUUUGUCAUCGGAUGCAUCUAUCUCGGCUCCACAACGGCUUUCAGUGCCAUCAUCGGCACUGGCCUUGUCCUGCAACAGCUCACAUUCGCUAUUCCAGCCGCUUUACUCAUGAUACAUGGCCGGGCGCCACAGUAUCUCCCAUCGAGCGGGCGCUGGAACUUGGGAAAGUUUGGGUGGUUUGUCAACGGCGUGACGGUGGCAUGGAGCGCCCUCCAACUCGUGCUGUACAACCUUCCUCUCGCGCUGCCCGUGUCUGGUUCAAACAUGAAUUAUACCUGUGCGGUUCUUGGCUGCAUGGCCUUAUUCGCGCUGGUGAACUGGUUUGUCUACGCGCGCACGCGCUAUGCUGGGCCAAAGAUCGACUUGACCAAGUUUCAGUAAAUAUGGGCAAAUAUGCCCAUAUCCGUUAGACUCUGUUCUAUUCCAUUGAGGGCGUUGAAGUUUGACAAAGAAGCUUAAUUUCGUAGGUACAGUACCAUACAUACAUCUAGCUGUCGGAAUAUACCAUGAAUAACUCAGUCUUUAUUGUUCUUCCCCCCCCCCACACUUUACAUCAAAUAUGAACUAACGAAAGGCACGAAUCGAAUAACAUCCAGCCACGACUACAAUAUUCAAGCCAUUGCGAAUAAUAUCCCUCCAUCCAAAGCGACCCUGCCG